UGCAAAUCAACAACACGAUUCCCAAGUGCUAGAGAUCGCUGUUAUAUAUCCUUCAAUACUUCUUCUGAGCACCAGACCAGAAUCCAUAGAAUAUCAAAUCCACGUAAGCUAACAAAUGAAGCAACAGCCCCUUAACUUGUUUCCAUUGAUCCUGCUUUUUCUGGCUGCCUUUCCAUUCAAAGCAAAAGGGUCUGUCCUGCCAUUCAUAGAUCGUCCUGGAAGUCUUCUAUCUGAUCUCUGGUCAGAUCCCUUCCCGGACCCAUUUCGCGUGCUGGAGCAAAUCCCGUUUGGGUUUGACAGAGAUGAGACAUCAUCCAUCGCUGUAUCUCCAGCCAGAGUGGACUGGAAGGAGACACCAGAGAGACAUGUGAUAAUGGUGGACGUGCCAGGGUUGAGGAAAGAUGAGAUAAAGAUAGAAGUGGAGGAGAACAGAGUUUUGCGUGUGAGUGGAGAGAGGAAGAAGGAGGAGGAACAGAAAGGAGAUCAUUGGCACAGGGUGGAGAGGUCAUUUGGCAAAUUCUGGAGGCACUUCAAGUUGCCAGACAACGUGGAUUUGGACUCUGUGAAGGCUAAGAUGGAGAAUGGUGUGCUUACUCUGACACUGGAAAAGUUGUCACCUGAUAAGAUUAAAGGUCCUAGGACCGUGAGCAUUGCAGGAGAGGAUGAGCAGCCUGCCAAACUUGAGAGUAGUGAGGCCAAGCAGGAGCUUUGAAUCCUGAG